GAAAGGAAUUUGUGAAGCACUGAUAAUUAAAUACUGGAUAUAAUAACUUAAAAAAGACGUUUAUAUUCAAUAAUUUGCUAAAUGAUUUUCUAAAUAAAUUCUGCUGCAAUGUAAACAUUAGCUUAAUAGUAUGAUUUUUUUUAGGCGUACAAUAAACUUCUCCUUUUUAAGAGAGCACAGUAACAUUUGUAAAAUUCACAUGCGGUUUAAGGGAAGGACAUAAAUAAGAAGGAUGUCUGUAGGGAAGUUUUUUUUUUUGUCCAUUAGAGUCCUUCUGAUUGGACGCCUAAAUGUGCGAAAAUUAUUUUCUCACGUUUACUUCUCUUUUCAACAAAAGGUUUUACUUGAUCAGUCUGGGCUUCAUCUGAAAUUCUACUUUCAGAAAAAGGAGUUUGUGGCUAAUUGUCGGUUGACCAGAGUGUGACUGACGGAGUAAACCCAGGUGCAGGAAGGACAAGACAAGAGAUUCCUCAAAAUAGCUAAUAUUUAUUCAAUCUAAGGUCCAGAGCAGACCUCAUAUAAACAAAGGCAAGAGGACGCUCAGACUCCUUAUAUAGGAGACCAAUGAGACAUUGAGGACAGCUGUGACACAUUCAGGAGAACCCAGGAAGAGGAGGAUAUCCAGGAAGAGUCACAACUGCCUGAAAGAACUGACACAAAAACACAAACAGGGGACGUUUCAUGACACAGAGACUUUCUAGUUCAUUGGACUAUUAACAAAACAGUCAUGGAGAUGAAAGAGGUCCCUGCGAAGGCUAAGAGAGAGGAUGAAGAAAAAAGGGAUGAUGAACCAAAGCAGAGCAUCAAAACUGAAGAAGAAGCAAAUCCAGGCCACUACAGUAGCCUGUUGAGUCCAAGCGAAGAGGUCUACACUGAAGCUUAUCAAAGUGUAAAGUCUUGUCAAGAGCUGCCAGGAAGUGCACGCCUGUACUGUGUUAUGUGUGUGUGCCUGUCAGUAAUCUGUCUCAUCCUUUUGAUGGCGGUCGUCAUACUUGGAGUGAAACUCCAAGCCAAAUCCACAGUCAACUUUGAGGAAGAGAAGACUGGAACUAACAGAGAUGGCCCGUUUAUGGUCAACGCUGAGAAACUGUGCAUGGAGCACUUAAGAAAAACUUGUGCUGGGAGUGAGCAGUGCCCCUAUAAAUGGUUGACAUAUCGCAACUACUGUUUCUUUCUGUCCACAUUCAGGCUGACGUGGGAAGAAAGUCAAUCAAAAUGCACCUCAGUCUAUGGAUCUUUGGCUGUUAUCACCAGCCAGGAAGUUCAGAAUUUUCUGACAGAGAAAGGGAACUUGUUGUACUGGAUUGGACUGAAAAAGCAUCAAUCUGUAUGGAAAUGGGUCAACAACAAGACUCUUGAAAAGAGCUACUGGGCCACCAAUGAAAACGAUGGAGGCUGUGCUUUGUUUAGCAGUCACAGUCCGCCGCAGAGGAACUGGAUUCCAGUUUCCUGCCAAGCCCCCUCCUACUUUAUCUGUCAGCUGGAGUACUGAUAUCAGCUGUUUUUCAUUACAGAAAAUAUUUUCUUCAUCAAUUAUUACUCCCUUUUAGUAGAUUCAGAAACGGGGAACAAAAGCACUUUUAAGAUAAACAUUUUGUAUGUUUAAAAUUCAAGGAAAGCUCAGUUUUUACAAUUUUUGUUAAGCAUGUUUACUUUUUAAUAAUUCAAUCAUAUGUUAUGGGAAUUGUAAGCUUAAAAUAAGACACAAAACUUCAAACUGCAUGACUCUGUUUUUAAAGGUCAAUGAGUGUGUGAUAGACUUUGUUACAGGAUAAAAUAAAUCAGACCCUCCAGGAUUGUUGUGGCCUAAAAUGCCUGAUGUUGCAGCAGCUUCUGUGAAAAGUAGUGACAAAAGUUGCAACGUUGCGAAAUCCUCUGAUGAAUUUGCAUUUUAUAUCCAUUUCAAUUUUAGAAUCAUCUCUCAGUCAAUGACCCAUGUUUCUGGACUGUAGGAGGAAACCAAAGGGCCCUGAGAACACACACUUCACCAUGGAAGGGUUUCGAUUAUAAUUUCUGGAAACGAUUUAAUUCGAUUCAAUCCUGAUUUUUUUUUUUUUUUUCUCGAUUCUUCGGUUCAAUUCAAUUUUGAGUUUACACAUUUAUGCACAUUUGUUCAGAAUACAACAAUAAUCUACUAUUUGUUUUGAAAAUAUAUUAAUCUGAUACAGUUCACAUGAUGUAAAAUGCAUUAGUGGAAUAAUGAGAUUGUAAAUAGCAUACAGAGUUACAUGGUUUCUCAAAAGGAGACGUUCUGACAAAAAUCAUUAACAUUGUAAACAUUGUUCUGCUUCUCCUGGAGGGCUUUUCAGUUUUUUUUCACUUUUGCAGUUUAUGCUCACAAAAUUAUCAAGAGACCUUACACCUUUGUCACAUCCUUGUGGAAGCAUUUGCAAAAAAGCAGGUUUGAGGUUUGACCUAGACAAAUUUGAUGCUAUGGUCCUUUGGCUGCUCCUGCUCCAUCUCCAGACCAUUGGUGUCAAGCCAGCACGCUCUUGUUAAACUGCUGUCAAGUGAGCCCUCUCUCAAAUACGGCGUGCGACUUUAAUACAAUCAUUACGGUAGCAGCAAGAAAGGCGUCUUUUCAAAGUAAGAGUAAAGCGUAUCUCCUAGUUUCCACAGAAUCAUUUCACUUCUCACUUAUAGUAUCCUUUCUUGUACUCUUACCCACAAAGUUUCAGCCUGAUCUAAUGUAGUAUUUUGUAGUACUGCCCUGUACUUAAUCGAUAAAAACUACACUUUUAAAAUACCUGUAAAAUGAAAACUCCUAGUUUCCACAGAAUCAUUUCAAAAGUACGCUUUACUCUUACUUUGAAAAGAAGCCUUUCUUGCUGCUACCGUAAUGAUUGUAUUAAAGUCGCAUGCUGUAUUUCAGAGAGGGCUCACUUGACAUCAGUUUAACGAGAGCGUGCUGGCAUGACACCAGUUCCAGACCCAAGGCGCUCUGAAGAAUCACCUCCAAUCCGGCAUGAGCCUUCUAUCUGAUACUGUUUUUUAUUUUUAUUUUAUUUAUUUAUUUUUUUAUAUCUUGUUUUUAAAGAUGCCUUUUACAUCUUCAUCAUCACAUUUUUUUCUAUCCUCAAGCCUGAAAAUAAAACCAAUAACUGUGUUGUUGCUUCUUUUUUAAUAAACUUGUUUCUUUGAAACUAGGUUAGUAUCGUCAUUUUUACAGUUCACGUGUGGUUUAGGGGAAGGGUAGAAACUCGAAAGAUGUUGUUAUAGGGAAGUUGUUUGUCAUCCUGUCCAUUAGCUUUCAUUUCUUUUUCUAAGAAAGAGCUCUACUUGACCACACUGGGUGUCGGCUUAAAUUCUCACUGCAGACAGUUUUUUGUAGCUCAUUGUCAGCUGGCCAGACUGUAGAUUGAACGUUACAAACCCAUAAAGAUGCAAGAGAUCCCUGCAAAGGCUGAGGAAGAGGAUAAAGAACAAGGAGCUAAUGAACCAAAGCUGGAGGUUAAAACUGAAGGUGGGAAAAAUAUUGUUUUAAUAUAAGAAAAAGUAUAGGACAUGUUUGAUUUAUAUAUUUUUGUUUAUUGUCUGAAAUUAGUUUUUUUCAGUAUAGAUGGGAAAAAUAAGGUAGAAUUUUUUUUGUCUGUAAAUAUUGGCUGA